ACGGCAAUUUACGACAGUUUUUUUUUUCAAGAGAUAACACAACACAAAUAGAACUGGCUGUUGCACCUACAACAAGAAGAAGUAAAAAAACUAGAAAAUAUAUAAACAUAAAUAAACUUAUCGCUGUCGCUGUGUAGUGUGACUUAAAUGAUGCAGACAAAAAGUGAAACUACGUCUAAUAAAAAUACUGAAGAAGAAAACGAGAACUCCAAUUAUGAGUGUAACAUAUGCUUGGAUAUAGCAAGGGAUGCUGUCAUAAGUCUUUGUGGGCAUCUUUUUUGCUGGCCAUGCUUACAUCGGUGGCUUGAAACUCGACCAACAAGACCAAUGUGUCCCGUCUGUAAAGCAGGUAUAAGUAAAGAUAAAGUUAUUCCAAUAUAUGGAAGAGAUAACCACAAUCAAACAGAUCCAAGUCUGUUUCUACAAUGCUUAGAGAAAAACUUCCUCCUCGACCACAAGCGCAAAGACAUGAACCAGAAACCAAUUUCAAUCCUUUCAGUAAUUUUUCAUUUGGUGGUAUGGGUGGUGGUUUUGGUGCACCUGGUGCACAGAAUGGUAUUCAGUUUUCAUUCGGUAUUGGAGCGUUCCCUUUCACAUUUUUAUCAGCUGCAUUCGGCAAUACAAACAACAACAACCAAGCUCCUGUUGGAUCCCAGCAAGCACAAGAAGAACAAUUCCUAUCAAGGGCGUUUAUUUGGAUCGCUUUUUUCUUUUUUCUUUGGCUCAUACUGGCUUAAAGUAUUCUAUUCCGAAAGCCUCUCUUAGGCUAGCAGCUGUAUUCUUCUUCGCUUAAGCUCUAUUUGCUGCAAGCUAUUGUCCACAAUAUGGAACAGUUGGCAUUCCGAAAAAGACACCUUUCGGUUACGCCUUACGCUACGCUGUGGUCAUUUGUUAUAAAUCUACCACUGACUGUUAAGGUUGUGUUGAGACCUUUGUGUUGUAAAUAUAUAAUGUAUCUAGUUGAAUCAUGAAAUAAAAACUUGGGGAAAUA